AUGAGCAAAUUUACAUAUUUCAGGCUUUUACUGCUUGUGGUUUUCGCCAUUGAAGAGUUUUCGAAAGAAGAAAGAGAAUUGUCGGGGUUUGGGGGGAAAUUAUGUGGCGUUAUUUCUUGGUUUGGGGCUGUUGCCAUAAUUCUUUCUCUCUCUUCAUUCAGUUUUCUCUCUCCUCCUACAAAUCCUCUCUCCUAUCGGGUUUCGUCUUCUUCAACUUCGUUGAUUCUCGUUGUUCUUGCAAAUAUCUUCAUAUUUUUUUGCGAAUUUCUUCCAAUUAAUUUUCCAGUUGGUUACAGCACCUGUCAUUGGUGUCAUGUGAUGGAGGUGGAAUCCUUUGAGAGUGAAGAAGUUGCAAAGCUUGUUAGUAUCAAGGUUGACAGGGUGAUAAGGCCGGAUGUUGACAUGGUGAUAAGGUCGGAUGUUGACAAGGCCGGAUGUCAGACCAGAGAAUGGGGCUGCUAGGUAAAAAAAAAAAAAGCCUUUGCUUUUGAAUUAUUUUGAUUUACUUCAAUUCUUUUGGUUUUUUCUUUACUUUUUUUUAUUCUAUUUAAAAACACCAGCCUACUAGCUCAACUGGUAAAACAUUGUGCAAAAGCACAAAAGAUGUGGGUUCGAAUCCCUCGUAGGUUCGUUUACUUUAGAGUCUAUAAUGUUUACUUUUGAGUUUCCUUUAUUUACUUUAGAGUCUAUAUUGUUUACUUUUGAGUAUAUAUUGUCUACUUUUGAGUUUAUAUGAUUUAUUUCUUAGAUUUUUCGAAUUCUUUCGGAAUUUUCCUUCACCUUGAAGCUAGUUAAAGGGUUGCUGGGUUCGUUUGGAGUUGGCAUAGGAAUUGUUCAAUGAAAUGACAAAGGUACUCAUUUCUGUGCUAUUUGAUGAUAUUUACUUUUGAAUUGAUUCUAUUUACUAUUACGGAUCCUUUAUCUACUUUUAAAUUGAACAAAAGGUAAAGCAUAUAAGUGUAUUCUUAUUACUCCUUUAUUUUAAAUAACACUAGCCUACUAGCUCAACAGAGGCGUAGAGCUUUGUGCAAAAGAUGCGGGUUUGAAUCACACGUAGGUUCAUAUAUCUUUACUUUUGGUAUUUAUUCAUUUACUUUUUGUAUAAAUUUAUUUACUUUUAGUUUAAAAACCUUUACUUUGACCGUUUUACCUCAUAUAAUUCUUUCUUAUUCGAUUACUUUUGCUACGUAUAUACUAACUACUACUCUAGAUGAAAGGUCUCCUAUUGGUUGAUGUUAAUCAUUUACUUUUGAAUCACUUCUAUUUACUUUUACGAGGU